AUGCGCAGUGAGUUCGGCACGGUGGGGGACUUCAUCCUGCACCACCGGUUCGGCUUCCCCUACCUCACCCGGCCAGAGGACGGCAAGAAGUACGUUGUUGUGCCCUCGUCUUCCGGAAGAAGAACUGACGACCACGGCGGUGGUGAGGGCGUUCCCCGCACGACCUCCGGAGGCUCCAAGCGCGUGGUGUGGGCCAAGAACGACUUCCCCUACGCCCUGGAAGCCGACAUCAGCCACUUCCUCCUGUGGAGCCUCCAGCCUCUGCCACCCCAGCAGCUGGAGCAGCUCAUCCAGCAGCACGUGGCCCCCGACGAGGAGUUUGUCUACUUUGUCAACCCGCCUGCGCUGCAGAGCGUCCAAAACGUCUUCCACGCGCACAGCAGCAGCUCUUCCACGGCUGCCCCUGCACCACCACCACCAGAGCUGCCAAGUGCGUAA